AUGAGUCUCCGCCUCGGCGCCGACAAACUGAAAGACUCGGCCGCCUCUAAUCUCUGCGACACUCUUCUCGACCUGAGCCCCGAUCUACAGGCUGCUCCCGACUUCCUGUCUCUUGCCGGCGUAACGACAGCUAGAGGAAGUCGAAGGAGAGUUACAUUAAACGUAACACAUGAUGUAGCGAAUGGCGGGGAGCGAUGUCGGUUGUUGUUCGUCUCGAACUGGAAUAUUACUCGACUCGGAAACAAUGGAAAUAUUCUGCGAAGAGCUCAUAUUCUAACUCGCGCUACGCCGCUGCCUAGUCCAAGAGCCGGAUACGCCGCGGAGUGGCAAUGA